CUCCAGUCAGGAAACUCCGUGAGACUCUACAGAUAAACUCUGAAGAAGCAGACAAGCAGACCAAAGGAGAGAAAGUGAAAGUGUCAUGGCUUCCUCCAGCAGUCUCCUGUCUGAAGAUCAGCUCCGGUGCUCCAUCUGUCUGGAUGUGUUCACUGAUCCGGUCACCACUUCAUGUGGACACAACUUCUGCAGGGUCUGUCUCAAAGAGUGCUGGGACAGCAGUUCACGCUGCCAGUGUCCAGUGUGUAACACUGAAUUCCCUACAAGACCUGAACUGUCUGUGAACACGUUCAUCUCUGGACUGGCUGCUCAGUUCAAGAAGUCAGUUCAGCUCAAAUCCAGCAGAGCUCCAGAGAAACAACCCUCCAAACGUAAAAGGGUGAUCUGUGACUGCUGCAGUGAUAAAAAGCUGGAGGCUGUAAAGUCCUGUCUGGACUGUGGAGUCUCUUACUGUAAGACUCAUCUAGCACUUCAUAAAACCACACCUAAACUGAAGAAGCACAAACUGAUGGACCCUGUGGAGAACCUGGAGGACUACAUCUGCCAGAAACAUGAGAUACCCCUGGGGCUGUUCUGUAGAGACGACCAGACGAGUGUGUGUCAGUUCUGCACUGAGACAGACCACAAGACUCACAACAUUGUUCCUAUAGAGGAGGAGAGUGGACAGAAGAAGACUCGGCUGGUGAAGACACAGGGAGAAGUUCAGCAGAAGAUCCAGAACCGACUGAAGAAGAUUGAGGAAAUCACACACUCUGCAGUGCUGAGUAGAAAAAGCUCAGAGAAGGAGAAAGCAGACAGUGUGGAGGUCUUCAGAGCUCUGCUGUGCUGCAUUAUGAGAAGCCAGGCGGAGCUGCUUGAGGUGAUGGAGGAGAAGCAGAAAGCAGCAGAGAGGCAGGCUGAAGAGUUCAUUAAAGAGCUGGAGCAGGAAAUCACUGAGCUAAAGAGGAGAGACACUGAGCUGGAGCAGCUCUCCCACACUGAGGACCACCUCCACCUCCUACAGGUUUACCCGUCCCUCUGCAGCCCUCCACCCACCAAGAACUGGACUGAGGUCAGGAUUAACUCUCAUCUGAGGGUGGAGCCUCUGAGGAGAGCUCUGACUCAGCUUCAGGAAGAGUUCAGUAAGGAGAUGGAGAAGAUUCCUGAGAUCAAUAUGAAGAGAAUUCAGCAAUAUGCAGUGGACGUGACUCUGGAUCCUGAUUCAGCUCAUCCUCAACUCAUCCUGUCUGAUGACGGGAAACAAGUCACAUGUGGAGACAAACAACAGAAUCUCCCUGAUAAACCAGAGAGGUUUAAUCGUUGUGCCUGUGUACUGGGAAAGGAGGGGUUCUCCUCAGGGAGAUUUUACUAUGAAGUUCAGGUCAGAGGGAAAACUGACUGGGAUCUAGGAGUGGUCAGAGAGUCCAGUAACAGGAAGGGAGAGAUUACAGCCUGUCCUGAGGAUGGAUACUGGACUGUGUGGCUAAGAAAUGAGUCUAAAUAUGAGGCUCUGAAUUUUCCUUCUGUCCCCCUCUCCUUGAAACAGACUCCCCAGAAGGUGGGGGUGUUUGUGGAUUAUGAGGAGGGUCUGGUCUCCUUCUAUGAUGUUGAGUCCAGGUCUCAUAUCUACUCUUUCACUGGUCAGUCUUUCACUGAGAAACUCUAUCCGUUCUUCAGCCCUUAUCUCAGUUAUGGAGGUAAAAACUCAGCACCGCUGAUCAUCACACCUGUUAAACAUCAGAAAUGAGGUUCUUUUCUCUCUGUCUUUUGAAAUUUUAUACUUAAAAGGGCAGCUAAAGUUUUUGUUAGCAAAUAAAUAAAUGAAGGCUGAACAGUUAUGUUCAAGGCCAGUUAGGCAAUAUUCUAAUACUGUUUAUCAUCUUCUUUUAAGUAAAACAAUGACCCAGAAUCAAAGUCUAGAGUAUCAGCCUCAUUUUGAUGGAUGAAUCGUGUGGGAAUCACAGCACUUUUUAUACACAGAAGAAACUCACACAGCACUUUGGCCGCCGGCACAGCUCUUUUUUUAUUUGCUUUCUUCGUAUGUAAAUGAAUGAAGCCGAUGAAUGAAGUUACCUUUGUUUGUGGCAUUUUUCAGAA